CUUCAAAAAAUGUGUGUUUUAUAUAAAUUGAGAUGUUACAACAAACGGUAAACAUUCAUUUUGUAAAUCUAUACUUUAAAUAAACAUAACGCUAAGUCAUACUCAGGACAUUUAAAACAAACACAUACGGCGUGGAAAUAAACGUGCAUUUAUUAGCGCUUAAUUAUCAGUUUGUUUCGAGAAAUAUUUGGCGCAAAAAUACCGCUAAAUAGCCUCGGAAAAUAAAAGAAAUCAGAGGAAGUUUUAAAUAUUAAACGUGUUCCUCUUAACUUAUUGAUAAUAUGGAUAUGACGGAUAAACAAAGUAAAAAGAUGUUUCAAAGAAGUGCUACAACAGAUGCAGUUAAUAUAGAGGAUACGCAAGACAAUACAAACCACGAGGAUAACGGUCAAAAAAGAAUUAGAAAAUCGGUAUCCAUGGACACUGGUCAAGCACAGAUUAUCAAGAAGACACUUUCUGGAUCCAUACGUCGGAAAAGAAUCAGUAAACGCCGACCGGAACCGGAAUACGGGCGAGAUACCGAAACAUACGAGAAAAUUCGAGAACGAGUUCUGCAGGAACGGGCAGUGACGAACGCUAUAGAUGCUUUACAUGAACGCUGGAGGAUAGUUUUGAACUCGUAUGUGAAAUGUGUAGCAAUGAAUGACAAAAGAAAAGACUUGAAGUUAAGGAAACUUUCUGUGAAGAGACAAUUUGAACUAAUUGUUAUAAAAAAUUGA